AUGGGAUAUAAGAUAUAUUCUAACUCUGACUUAGUUCAAACAGUAACAUGGGCAAACUAUGAAUGGUUCGCUUUGAGAAACUCAGUACAACCACAAGCUAGAGAACAAACAGACCAGUAUGCAACUAUUGAGAAAAUAAGAAGACUUGACCCUAACGUUCCAGGAGUUUAUGUUAACCUUUCUGGACAAACUGCAGCAGCAGUAACAAAGUAA